AUGCCCGUUUGCGGCGUUUUCGGCAAAGCGGUGACAACAGUUGAGGGGAUUCGCGGAGUUGAGGAAAGAGUUCAUCCCGUACAGGAGAGACUCACGAAAGCUCAUGGCUCUCAGUGUGGCUACUGUACGCCCGGGUUCAUCAUGGCCAUGUACACUCUAUUGAGAAAUAAACCCCAGCCGACGAAAGACGAUGUCGAUAUAGCAAUUCAGGGAAAUCUCUGUCGUUGCACCGGUUAUCGUCCGAUUCUAGAGGCUUUCUAUAGCUUUGCGAAGGAUGAGAAAGGAGAGAUCAAGGUGACUGAAAACGGUUGUCCGAUGGGUGAGAAGUGUUGCAAGAAUGGUGGAGAUGGUUGUGGAGGUGAAAGGAAAACGCUAAUCAAGCUCUCCGACAUGUCCAAAUGUGUUCCAUACGAUCCAUCGCAUGAACUCAUCUUCCCACCCGAGUUGAAGUUAAAAAACUUCCACCAGCAAUCAUUUUUCCACGAUUCGAACGGUCACAAAUGGUAUCAACCAACCGAUUAUUCAAUGUUAUUGGCGUUAAAGAGAAAGCAUCCACAUGCACGGGUCAUUUCGGGGAACUCGGAGCUAGCUAUUGAGUUGAAAUUUCGCUUCAUCAAUUUGGAGAUGGUCAUCAAUCCGAGACAGGUUCCCGAGCUGCACGAGCAUCACCUCACCGAUGAUGGAGUCUAUCUUGGAACUGGACUCUCGCUGAGUCAAAUGGAGGACGCGUUGAAUGAAUUUUCAAAGGAUUUACCUGAAUCAAAAACGCGUGUCUUCAAAGCAGUGCUUGAGAUGUUGCAUUGGUUUGCUGGGAGACAUGUGCGAAAUGUGGCGAGUGUGGCCGGCAAUAUCGCCACCGCUUCACCAAUCUCCGAUUUGAAUCCGAUAUGGAUGGCGUCGAAAGCAAAGGUAGUUCUUGACUCUGAGGAACGCGGCGAACGAACGCUGACCAUCGACGAGAAAUUCUUCAUCGGUUAUCGCAAAACGGUGAUUCGACCGGAUGAAAUUGUGAAAGCGGUCAUCGUUCCUUUCUCGAAUGAAAACGAGCAUUUCUACGCCUACAAAUUGGCGCAACGACGCGAGGAUGACAUCGCGAUUGUGACCGGAGCGUUUAGAGCCCAAAUGAAUCCAAAAACGCAACUCGUCGACAAUCUCUCGAUUUCCUACGGUGGAAUGGACAUUUUCACGCGUUUGGCUUUGAAAACGGCUGAGAAACUCGCUGGAAAAAAAUGGGACAAAACUUUAUUGGAUUUGGGAUUGAAUUUGAUCUCGGAAGAGUUCACGCUUAAACCCGAUGUACCCGGUGGAAUGGCUAGAUUCCGUCAAACGCUCACUUUAUCCUUUUUCUUCAAAUUUUUCCUUCAAGUUGCGAAAAAUCUUCAGAUCUCUAUCGAUCACUGUGUGGAGAAAACCGAGAUCGGAGACACGAUUCCGCAUACAUUAAACGCCACACAAUUGUAUCAGGAAGUUUCAAAAGAUCAACCGAUUCACGAUCCAGUGGGAAGACCACUCGAACAUGUGAGUGGAGAGAGACACACAACUGGAGAAGCCAUCUAUACAACGGAUAUCGAAAUUGCUGGAUGUCUCCAUUCAGCUCUUGUCCUCGCACCAAUUGCUUGUGGAACAAUUGACAAUGUCGAUCCGACAAAAGCUCUAGAGAUGGAUGGUGUCAUUGCUUUCUUUGAUGCUUCUGAUUUGCCGACAAAUGAACGAAUGGGUCAUCACUCAGAUACGCCGAUUUUCGCGAAAGAUCGAGUUUCCUAUCAUUGCCAACCAAUCGGUAUCAUUGUUGCGAGAGAUCACGAGACGGCGAGAAGAGGAGCGAAUGCUGUUGUUGUACAAUGCACGGCUGAGAAACCGAUUGUCACGAUUGAGGAAGCUAGAAAAGCUGAUAGUUGGAUACUGGAUGAACUCCAAUUGCACUCACAACUCAAUGAGGGAAAUGAUGUGGUGAAGAAGAAUGAUUGGUCAAAAUACACCCGAGUGAUCGAAGGAGAAGUGAAAAUGGGAGGACAAGAACAUUUCUAUUUUGAGACGCACAAUUGUAUUGUGAUACCGAAAGAGGAUCGAGCGCUUGAGGUGAUCGUCUCGACACAGGGAAUAAACGAUGUUCAAACAGAAAUCGGCAAAUGUUUGAGCAUUCCGCGUCACAAAAUCGUCGUCAAAGUGAAGAGAAUUGGGGGUGGUUUUGGAGGCAAAGAAACAGCGAGUCCAUUAAUCGCUGUACCGUGUGCAUUGGCGGCUAUGAAACUGAAAAAGCCGGUUCGUCUCUACUUGGAGCGUUUCGAUGAUAUGGCGAUCACAGGAACAAGACAUCCAUUCAAUUUCAACUAUAAGGUAGCUCUCUCCGAAGACAAUCACCUCAUCGACUACGAUGUAACAGCUUAUGCAAAUGGAGGACAUUCACUUGAUUUGAGUACCGGUGUAUUGACUCGAGCCAUGGUGCACAUCGACAAUGUGUACAAAUUCAAAAACGCUCACAUUUACGGGCGAAUCUGUCGAACGAACACCGCAUCGAAUACAGCUUUUCGAGGAUUUGGAGGCCCACAGGGAAUGUUUUGCACGGAGACACUGAUGAAACAAUUGGCGGAGACCUAUGAUUUGGAUGUGGAUGAGUUGAGAGAGAAAAACUUGUAUAACGAAGGUGAUAUGACACCGUUUGGGAUGCAUUUACGGAAGUGCAAUAUUCGUCGAACAUGGCAUGAAUGCAAAGAGAUUAGUCAAUAUUUAGAGAAAAAGGGAAAAGUCCAGGAAUUCAAUAGGAAGAAUCAUUUCCGGAAACGUGGCCUCUACAUGAUGCCGACGAAAUUCGGAAUCGGUUUCGGGUUGAAGUUCAUGAAUCAGGCCUCAGCUCUUGUCUUGAUUUACACCGAUGGAACCGUUUUGAUCUCACACGGUGGAAUGGAAAUGGGACAAGGCUUGCAUACAAAAAUUCUACAAAUUGCCGCCAGAUGUUUGGAUAUCCCGAUCGAGUUGAUUCACGUCGAAGAGACUGCAACAGAUAAGGUGCCCAACUCUAUGCCAACAGCUGCCAGUGUUGGCUCGGAUUUGUGCGGAGUGGCUGUCGAGGACGCAUGUCAACAACUCAAUCAACGUUUACAGCCAUAUAAAGAUAAAAUGAAAGAAAAGGCAUGGAAAGAUUGGAUCCAAGCUGCACACAUUGAUCGAGUCUCGUUGUCGGCUUCCGGCUUUGGAAUCAUUCACAACGAGCCAGUUGACUUCUUUAAUGGAAAAGGUGCGGAACUUUUCGGCUACUGUGUUUAUGGAACGGCUUGCUGUGAAGUCGAGAUUGAUUGCUUGACGGGUGAUCAUCGAUUACUCUCGACACACAUUGUGAUGGAUAUUGGUGAUUCGCUCAAUCCUGCCAUUGACAUCGGUCAAAUUGAAGGCGCUUUUGUACAGGGCUACGGUCUGUUCACAAUGGAGGAGAUCCGAGUGCGCCCGAAUGGGAUCCGUUUAUCAAGGGGCCCUGGUGUGUACAAAAUUCCGUCAGCCGACGAUGUGCCAAGGGAUUUCCACGUUUCCCUCCUCAAAGGAUCCUCGAAUCCACACGCGAUUUUCGCGAGUAAAGCCGUUGGAGAGCCUCCACUUUUCCUUGGCUGUACCGUUUUCUUCGCGAUUCGAGAAGCGAUUCGGGCGUAUCGAAUUCAACAAGGUCAAAAGGGCUACUUCCGUUUCGACUCACCGGCCACUCCCGAAGCCAUUCGAAUGGCUUGCGAAGAUGAGUUCACGAAAAAGAUCCCCGACCUCCCCGAUGCGCACUCCUUCACCCCGUGGACUGUUGCAUUA